AUGGAGACGCUGUUGUGGCAGGUGGAGCAGCUGCCCGGGCUCCUGGCCGUGUCCCGCUCGGGGCAGGUCCGGGACUGGGACCCGCCAACCCUGGACAGAGCCCUGCAGUGGGGCCGCUACUUCCAGCACCUGCACGGCCGCUUCCGCGCCCAGCCCCGGCUCCGGGCCGCCCUGGGGCAGCGGCUCCGCCGAGGGCAGCAGGGGCCGCCGCUAGGCUUCGGACACCUGGGGCGCUGCCCGGAGCUGCUGGGCCUAGCGCUGCUGGGCAACCGGGCGCUGCCGCCCGCCGCCUGCCACCGCCUCCUGCGGAGCUUGCUGCUGCCGCCCAGCGGCCAGGCUACCCCGGGGCCCUGCAGCCUCGGCCUCCUGGCCCGGCGCAGGGCCGCCGUCCAGCUGCUGCCGCCUCCCAGCUCCGCCCCGACGCGCCCUGGGGAGCGGGAGCCGCAGCUGCGGACCGAAGCCCAGCUGCUGCUGUCCCGGCUGCAGGAAGACGAGGAGGAGCAGGGGCCGGCGGGUGUCCUGGAGCAGCUGCCCGGGCCUAGGGUCUACCGGGUGCUUGCGGCGCUGCUGCUGGAGCAGGCCGGGGACGACGCUGGCAGAGAGGGGGCCAGGCCGGCUGCGGCGGUGCUCUCCUGGCUGCUCGGGGACCCAGGCCGGCUCUCCGACUUCUGCCGCCUCCUGCCGGGCUCCCUCCUGGUUGCCCUUUCUGCCCGAUACCCCCAGCUGGGCACCCCUUACUUGCAUCUCCUUACCAGCUGGGGCAGCCGCCUGCGCUACGAUCCCCUGCGCGGCCAGUGGGCCAGCAGCCGCUGCCCCGGUGAGGACGAGCUCUCCUGGGAAGAGCUGCGCGAGCGCUUCAGCUGCUUCAUGAGGGGACCUGCCCCGCUCCGAGAGGCUGCCCUGGCUUCUCUGAAAAACCUGAAGACCCAGGAUGGAGACUUCGAAGUCUGCGGCCUGAGUGUCUGGACUGACCUGUUGCUGGAGAUGGAGGCACCUCUCGAAAGAGAGGACUGGACUCUAGAGCGUUAGCCCAGAGGAGGAGAGGACUGGGGCAUUAAAUAGGUUUCAUAGGAAAUUCAAUGGCCUGAAAUCCAAAAAAACGGAGUAACUUUCUUUUCUCCGUAACUAACACCAAAGCCAACUGGAUUAUACCUUGUUUGGAGUGAAAAGGCAACUUUGUGAUCAGAUUGCAUGCCAUAAUAUUUAAGUAAGUUAGCAAAGAGUACCUAAGGGACCUGGUUCUGCUCUUGCACAUCCUGGUGUAAACCUGGACUGACUUCUCCCCACAGGAGUUACCCAUAUAAAAUCUGUGUAAAUGAGCUCAGAAUCAGGCCCCUUACAUCUAGUCAAGUUGUUCCCAGUUAACUUUCUCUUACACUGAGAACAAGUUGCCUAGGAAUCUUCUUCUUUCCUCUUAUGUCUUUGCCAGCUCUGAUAUUCCCCAAUACUUAUGGUUGGGCUAUUUGGUUUAAGGGUACGCUUAAUUCUGCAGAUCACUAACAGGAAAUGCUUCCAUCCCCUAUUAGCACUAUUGCUACAAAAGUAAAGUGUGCAAAUACCUUAAAAUGCAGAGGAAACUAGCUUAACUUUCUCUGUGUUGAAAAGUUAGAAGUUGAACUGUUCAUUGCUGUGGGUACAGUCUGUUGACAUUUGUUUCUAGUAGCUGCAGAGUACAAAAAGGGGGAAAAUGACUUUUUUUGUCUCACCUUUUUAGGAUGCUCAUAAUUCCCAGUUAAAUGUAUUCUUUGCUAUCAUCUUGUCUUCCAUUGGUGGUUUAUUUUUGUUUUUUUCCCCUUCAUGCUUUGAAAUAUGCUAGGUACAAUGUGGGUAGGGGUGCAGAGGUCAGAGGAGAUUUCAUGCCCAAUGGGAAAGAGUCCAGAAAGCAUACAUAAAGCCUGCUGAUUUGAUCUUUUAUCAAUCACCCUGUGGCAUGUUUGUUACUAUAUUGCAGUGGAAACUUCAUUUUUCUAUCCUUUGUUUGUAACUAUGAAUGGAUACUCAGUAGCUUAGCUUUUUGUUGAGUUUUUUUCAUCAAACUGGAAAUACCAGUAGAAAUACCUUAUUGCAAAUGGGUUGGGCAACAGACUUCUUCUUUCCCUCCUAGAUGAUUACUGAAGAACCUGCUUGUCUUAAUUGUCUUUAUUAAAUUGUGACUUAGAGAUUGUGAUCAAUGUGGGAAAAUAAUUACUGGUCAGGAUUUGCUAAAUGAAGGCUAGAUGUGGAAACUGACCAGGAACUAUAAAAUGGGCAUUAUCCUAACACAAAAGCAACUGGCUCCUGCAGUUUACUGUGAAAAAUCGAGGUUAACUGCUCACUUUUUAAAAUAAAACAUUUUAUUACACAAAGCGAGACGUGGGACGUUACAGGUAUGAACGUGGAAGGUUUUUGACCUACAGCCUCAAUAUACUUCUGAGCUUUGAUGCUAACUGCACAUAAAAAUAAACAGUAAAUCUGUUUUGCAAAACAAUUGAAAUACUGUAUGACGAUGAUACAGGGCCAAAUCAUGACCCCUCUACAUCUGUGGGUGAGCAGUUAAUUGAUGGGACUACGAGGUAAUGUUACUACUUCGGUGGGUGACUGCUCAUCAGUGGACCAUAAAGGGGGGAAUCAUAAUCUGGCCCAUUGUGAGCAACUGUUAAGAGUGCAUCAGCAAAAUGACACCUUCAUUAAGAUAUUUGAUUGCUUUAGAUUGUUUAAAAGCACUAUGUAAAUGGAAUAUGCCAGAAUCCUUAAAAUUGUUCUAAAUCAGCAAGUCUAGUCUAAUCUGAGAGCAAAUUUGUAUGGGCAAAUUAUAAACCUAUGAAAAUAGGAAACUAUACUAUAAACUCCUUAAUUAAAAGACCCUUCCUUAUUAUAGUGAUAGUAGAUGAUUUGGAGCAGAAGCUCCUUCUCAGUGAAGCUUGAGUCCUCUAGUUACACUGAGUUCAUCUUCAACCCAAUGUGGCCCAUUAAAGCAAGGAAUUUCUGCUGCCAGAACAUUCAGGCCCCUGCAUAUCACCCACUUAAUGAGGUUCUUACAGAGGUGUGUUGUUGUUUGUUU